AUGGCGGAGGGUCGCUAUAAUCUCCAUCAAACACUUCAUCUGACACCCAAAAGCAAAACGUCCCAAGCUACUCUCACACGACGCAAGAAUCGAAAGGGGACGGCCUCUCCAUCUCCAUCCCCAACACCUCCUCUUCCACCUCAACCCAACUUCUGCUUGAUGACGAGCGUGCCAGAGUCAUUUGAUAUGGACACAGGCAAGGGAUCGUCUGGGCAGUUUGACGACAUGCCUGCCUCUGAUGGUGGGUACGAAACCAUCAGACCGCUUCCUGACGCUGAGGACCACGAAGUCGAUCCUACUAUGGCUGAAGUGGACUAUUGGUUGGGUGCUGGUGCAAGUCAAGAGAUCGCAUCUAUGUGUGUCGAUGCCGACUUGUCACCGGAUGAGGACAUCAGCCCCUCCAGUGUGGAAGGAAAUCCACGUGCUAGUGCUGUGCCAUUGAGCGUUGAUGAGGAGCUCGAAAAUAGACCGCCUCAGGACGGUCGUGGUUCUCCAUAUGUCAAUCCAGUUGAUGCACCCCUGGCUCCUCCCUUGCCAGACAAUCCUUUCCCUCCGCUCAACCCUUAUCCACAGUUCAUUUUCCCCGAUCCAAUGCUCACGAACAUCUCUGUUCAAAAUGAUGCUCCGAAAGAGGUGCUCCCUAGGGCGCAUGAUUUCGCGCUGCCUUGGUUGGUUUUGGACGAUCUUCCCAUUUAUGGACCUUCCUCCACUUUGCCAAAGGACAUGGCGAAGGAGGCUUAUUUCAAAGCACUUGGCUUUGGACCCCCAGGAGCGUUGUCUGUUGAUCACACACCUUCCUCCGCUUUGCCAAGCAACAUGGCGAAGGAGGCGUACCUCCAGGCGCUUGGAUUUGGACCCCCUGGAGCCUUGUCUGUUGAUUGCACUCCAUCUUUGACUGAACGCCCUGCUCGCACAUCGUCUUCUGCUCUUCCCAUUGAAACCAACAAGGAAGAUAACUUGUUGGCACAUGGAUUUGGCCCACCAGGGGCAUUACCUGGUGGGUUCGAAGUCCAGGCACAUCUCACGCAUCCGAAAACCAGCCUAGGUACUUCUGAGGCAGAUUUCAAUGUGCCCGCGGAAGACGAGGACUCUUUUCUCUUCCCGAACUCGGACGAUAGUCCAUUGGCGGACGAUGUGACGAGAAACAUGGAUGAAAGUAAGGAGCCGGUCCCUCGUCAGCAAGCUGGUCGUAUCUCAAGUUCGUCAUGGGAUGUGUUGAACACCGGCUUCCAGAAGAUCGAUGACAUCAUCGACCAACUUGCUAACAAGACAGGCCGUACACAUGAGAACAUCAUCACGUUGUGGAAGCGCACCCACGCACAUGAAUGUACAGGCUCGAUGUGGAAUAAAUACCAGAAAUACUUUCUAGCUAAUCGGGAGAAGGAACAUAGACGGAUUGGGGACUCAAGGGCAAAUUGCCGGACUUGCUUGGUCGGUUUUAAAGAACAUGAGCCCAGAUGGCGUGAGAUCCUUGAGGCCUACGACGAAGUCCUCGCCGCAUCGAAUGUUCACUCAACCAUCAGUCAACGCACACGAAAGUUUGACAGGCUGGUCAGUCAGCUCAAAAGGGUCACAAACAAAGCAGCCGAACAAGACGGCUUUGAAUCCCUCUUCGUUUUGGUGGGAAAUUCGAUCCAUGAGGACGUCGGUCUCUCUCAAGUUCACCUUUUGGCAGGUGCGGAGGAGUUCUUGCAGGAGCGGCUUCACAUGGAUCAUGACACGAUGAGUGGUCUAUUUAAGAACCACGUCUGCAACAGGAUUUCCCUGGGACUCCAAACAAGGCUCGAGACAGACUGGAAGAGCUUGGCAGAGGCAGUUAACACGACCAAUCCUAAGAAGCCUGGACCAGACGGGGACUCUUCCAACAGCAGCGACGAUGACGACAACACAAGUAAAAGCUCUGGCCUCACCCUCGAAAAGGCGAAGGUGAUCAUCAAAACGGGCCUUCAAAACCUUCUGGAGCCAUAUGACCUCCGUCUUAGUUUCGAAUCUAUUCCUUGGUCGAAGCUGUCCACCACCCUCGCCCCUGCCGGUCUUAGGAUUGAAAAUUGGACCAGAGGAGUCGAUUUUCCACGCUCAAUUGCGAAAGGCGCUACUGGAAUCAAAGACCUCGGCAUUGGUGCCAUCCGGCGUUUCGCUGAGUCUUUUGCAUCUGACGCUACGAGGAUCCGUGUUGUCCGCGCAGAUCCAGAAAUGCUACUCACGAGCAAAGUGCCCUUGUACAUGGAAGCACCGCCAGGUCCCAGCUCAGUGACGAAAGUCACUCGUCGCGGUUAUCUGGAUGGUCACGUCGAUCAGAUCAUGGACAGGUCGCAGGAAAAGCACCCUCGCAUCGCGAAACUUCCGCCAGCACAUGAGAUCAUAGAGAUCAAGUCGAGUCCACCAUUGGAUCGCCCAACUAUGGCACCUCUGAAAAGGCGACCCACCAAGAAGUCCAAGGAAAUCGUCUCAUCCAGCGACAUCAGUGAUGCCGACGCUGAUGAUACUUUGGAGUCGAUGGUGACUUCAAAGUCAGAGAAGGCCAAGACAACAGCAAAGGCGCUCAAGGGAAAGGGUAAGGCUACAGCGACUAAGACCACUGCCAUGGGCACUGCCUCUGGAUUGGGUGCUGCCCCAGCUGCCCCCAGCGACCAACUCAAACUGAUCUCUGCAUUCAGUGCAGUGUCUCGUGCUGUCGCUGCCAUGUCUACGUCCAAACCAUCACCCCCCACUGUAAACCCGGCUGGUAGUGCACGCAUCCAGCCACACCCCAUCAAGCAUCAACCUCCAGCCAUCUCAGCUGCCAGAGACCCAUUCACCGUGAAAGAGGCCGGAGCUUCUGGAAAUCCUAAGGGUGUGUCCAUGCGACCUGUCGCUCCCUCAACGUCGACAAUCCACAAGUCUACGACAACAUCCAAACGCGGUAAUCAGCAAGAAACCUCGCACCAACGUCGACAGACCAAUGAGUUCAGCACUUGCGAUGAUAAACCGUUGGAGGAACCAAUCGUCAUCCCAAAACCCACUUCUUCUGUGGAGGACACACUGGUGCCUGGAGCGACGUCCAUGCCUACUCCACCCCCGACACAAGGGGCCGGGGUCAAUCCUACACAGGGAUACCAGUGGCCAUAUGGCUUCUUUCCUCCGUUCAGUUUUCCGCCAGGGUACCCAGCCCCACCCCCUGGUUGGACCUUUCCGGGGAUGCCGCCUUGGAACCCUGACCGUCCCGCAGGUAGUGCUUCUGACUCAGCACCAGUUCCGCCAUAUCCGCCUCACCUGUACUUCCCUCAAGGCGCCUUCCCUACCCCUUCAGCAAAGCCAGCCGAAGGGGAGCCUGGACCCUCUCGCCUGACCUCUUAG